CUGAGCAUGCCUAGAGAAUGACAGGCAUCUCCACAGGCAGGCUGCAUCCACCUCAGCCGGGGUGUCGUCAUUGGCUGCCCUAUUAGAAAAACUACAGGACAAUGCAUACCACCGACUGCCGACUGUAAACAUAGGGGCUAUGUGUUCACUUAGCACGGACUUCUGGGAGGGGCCAAGGAAGGGCGGUCUGGAGUUUUAUUGAAUAGAGCAGUGUGUAUUAGGCUGCCUGCCUGCCUGCCUGCCUGCCCUCUUGCUGUGCUCCUGCUAGAGAAAUCAGUUCUUCCUUUCCGAUUUAGUCCCCAGGAAGAAGUUGCAGCCUGCGAGGUAUCAUUAAAACAUUUUAAGAACCUUCAAUCAAAUUCUACAGAAAUUGGUGAUCAACCAGAAGGCUCAGAAGUGGACAUUUGAUCACUUACCUGUCCAGAUUCUCCUGUCUCUCUAGACCUGAAGCCACACCAUGGAUGAUUUUGAACGUCGCAGAGAACUUAGGAGGCAAAAGCGGGAAGAAAUGCGUCUCGAAGCAGAAAGGAUCGCCUACCAGAGGAAUGACGACGACGAGGAAGAGGCCGCCCGGGAACGGCGCCGCCGAGCCCGGCAGGAGAGGCUGCGGCAGAAGCAGGAGGAGGAAUCCCUGGGGCAGGUGACUGACCAGGUGGAGGUGAAUGCCCAAAACAGUGUGGCCGACGAGGAGGGGAAGAGCGGCGCGACACCCGCUCCGGUGGAGGGCGACGACGAGGCCGCGCUGCUGGAGCGCCUGGCCCGGCGGGAGGAGAGGCGCCAGAAGCGGCUGCAGGAGGCCCUGGAGCGGCAGAGGGAGCUGGACCCCACGGUGACAGUGACAGACGCCAGCGCGUCGCCGGCCAGCAGAAGGCUGCAGAACAACGCGGCCCCCGGCGAGGCCGCCGAGAAGGAGGAGAAGAGCGAGCCUGGCCAGGAGGGGUACGCCAUCGCGGGGCCCCAAGUGGCCACCAAGCCUCAGCAGAAGAACGACUGCAGGGACACGGAGGAGAAGCAGCAGGAGGAAGAGGAAGAAGGGAAGGCGGAGGAAGAGGAGGAGGAAGAGAAGGCAAAGCCAGGGAGCCGGGAGGAGAAUCAGGUAGAGGCGGCGGCGGCAGGUGCAGGCCCCGAGGCAGCGGCCCUGCGCUGGGGAACCGGGCAGCCCGGUGCAGAGGAGCCUGGACCCGAGGAGCGGGGGGCGCGGGGUCCAGCCGAGGCCGCGGCCAGGCUGGAGGAGGAAGAAGGGGAGACAACGAAGGCCGAGCAGGAGCGCAGGGAGGCGGCCGAGCAAGCGGGGCGGGAAGCCGAGGAAAGAGCAGCUGAGCAAGAGAGGGCCAGGAGGGAAGCAGCCGAGAGGGAGAGGGAGAAGGAGAGGGAGAGAGAGGAGAGGGAGAGGGAGAGGGAGAGGGAGAGGGAGAGGGAGAGGGUUGCGGAGCAAGAGAGAAAGGCGGCCGAGGAGAGGCAGCGGGCUGAGGCCAAGGACCAGGAGAACGCUAAGCUAGAAGAGCAGAAACUUCGGCAGCUGGAAGAGCACAGAAGUGAGAUGCAAGAGAAAAAGCGCAAAGGGGAAAAGGUAGACGAGAAACUAGAAGGGAGACGGGGAAAUGAAAAGACAGCACCAGAAGAUAAGCCGCAGACAGCUGUGCAAAAGAAACAGGAAGAAGAAAAAGGGGCCAAAGCACAAGCUCAGAGAGAAAAGUCCCAAGAAGACAAGCCUGCCUUCAAAAAAGAGAUCAAAGAUGAGAAAAUUAAAAAGGACAAAGAACCAAAAGAAGUGAAGAGCUUCUUGGAUGGAAAGAAGGGAUUUCCAGAAGCAAAGUCACAGAAUGGAGAAUUCAUGACCCACAAACUUAAACACACCGAGAAUACUUUCAGCCGCCCGGGCGCGGGAGCGAGGGCCAGCGAGGCCAAGGAGGCCGAGGGAGCCCCGCAGGUGGAAGCGGGCAAGCGCCUGGAGGAGCUUCGCCGUCGCCGCGGGGAAACCGAGAGCGAGGAGUUCGAGAAGCUCAAGCAGAAGCAGCAGGAGGCGGCCCAGGAGCUGGAGGAGCUGAAGAAGAAGCGGGAGGAGAGAAGGAAGGUGCUGGAGGAGGAAGAGCAGAAGCGGAAGCAGGAGGAAGCAGAGAGAAAAGUCAGAGAGGAGGAAGAGAAGAGGAGGCUAAAGGAGGAGAUAGAAAGGCGACGGGCAGAAGCUGCUGAGAAACGUCAGAAGAUGCCUGAAGACAACUUAUCAGAUGACAAGAAGCCAUUCAAGUGUUUCACUCCUAAAGGUUCAUCUCUCAAGAUUGAAGAGCGAGCAGAAUUUUUGAAUAAAUCUGUGCAGAAAAGUGGUGUCAAAUCAACUCAUCAAGCAGCAGUCGUCUCCAAGAUUGACAGCAGAUUGGAGCAAUACACCAGUGCAAUUGAGGGAACAAAAACCACAAAACCUGUAAAGCCAGCAGCCUCAGAUCUUCCCGUUCCUGCUGAAGGUGUACGCAAUAUCAAGAGCAUGUGGGAGAAAGGGAAUGUAUUUUCGUCCCCUACUGUGUCAGGCACACCAAAUAAGGAGACUGCUGGCUUGAAGGUGGGGGUUUCCAGCCGCAUCAACGAAUGGCUAACUAAAACCCCAGAUGGAAAUAAGUCACCCGCUCCCAAACCUUCUGAUUUGAGGCCAGGAGACGUAUCUGGCAAGCGGAACCUCUGGGAAAAGCAAUCUGUGGAUAAGGUCACUUCUCCCACUAAGGUUUGAGACAGUGGAAGAAAGAACCCAAAGUAGCCGCUCAAGAUGCUGGACCAGCUCAGUUGAAGAGGGGCUAGUUUGUUCUGUUUUAUAUUUAUGUUGAUUUACUAAAUUGAGUUCAUUUCCUCUUGUUUUAUUUUUCAUUAUCCCAGUAAACCCAUGUAUAUUGUCACUAUAUUUAAUAAUCACAGUCUAGAGAUGUUCAUGGUAAAAGUACUGCCUUUGCACAGGAACCUGUUUCUAAAGAAACCCAUGCUGUGAAAUAGAGACUUUCCUACUGAUCAUCAUAACUCUGUGUCUGAACAGUGAUACCAACCACACCAGAAGUCAACAAAAGGAGCUUCAAGUUGAAAAUUGCCUGAGGAAUGUGUGCAGUGCCCAGAAAAACAAAACCACGAGUGGUUUUGUUUUGUUUUGCUUUGUUUUGUUUUAAAUACAGAAGUCAUGUUGUUUCUGCACUUUAGGAUAAAGCAUGGAAGAAAUUAUCUUAGAAGGCAAUUCUAACACUUUCCGAAAGUAGACCAUUUCAGAUUUGAGAUACUGCAAUAAUGAUUGUCUUUAAAAAAAAAAAAAAAAAAGAUGUACUGUUAAGGUAUUAUUUUUUUCAUGCUGAUGAAUAUCUAAAUUGGAUUAUGAUGUUAGCUGACAUUGGUACUGAUUCUUUAGGUUGGUUGCUUGUGGAUUUCUUUGGUAGCAAUAGCAAACCACAUUUUAGAUGACCUGAUCAUGUAUGUAUGUGCAUACACAUAUGCAAACACACUAAUGGUAGAAAGCUUUUUUAUGCGCUAGACUAUUAUAUUUAGCAAUAUGUCCUUGUAACUAGCCAAUAUCACAGCUUUUUAAAAAUUAAAAAUCACAAUAUUAUAUUAAUAUUUCAUAUUUGCCAAUAGAUUCAUGGCAGGAUAGGUAUUGAUAUGUUUCCAGUGUCCAAUAACCUGUAAGAAGAGAGAUUAGAAGUGUCAAAAGUAGUUGACAUUUUCUAUAAAGCAUAGUAUUUAGUUUAUAAUUAAAAACAAUCUUGAAGUCCAGUGUGUAUUGUACUAAAUCUACCAUCUGAGUCAAACUCAAAGCUGGCUCAGAACUCUUUUCUUAAAAUCAAGUCCACAGUAGGUUGGCUUAGAUGGUAAAUGAGGUCUCUUCCUUCUCUAAAAUUGGAAGACAAGAAUUUUUGUCACAAAACUGUACAGAUUGGAAUUACACGUGUGGGUAUACUGAGACCAACUUUGGCUAAUGUCUGGAAGCAGAGAAGAAAAGUGAGCAAAAGCAACAUGGAGGAGCUAUGACAGUGUUUCCAUUCUUAAUAGACUGAACUAUCUUUUAAAUUAAACUUUUCUAUUUUUAUUCGUCAUUGGUACUCAUCAUAAGUUGAUACCACAUUGAAUUUUCAAAAAAUAUGUGUAACUUUUAUUAGUUUUACCUUUUCCCCUAGAGUCUAUCGACUUUCAUUUUCAGAUUUUACACACACAGUCUAGAUAUCACAUCUAUUUUAGUGUGUAAGUAUUCAUCUGUUCUCCACAAUAAGUGAUUAAAGAGAACUCCAGUGUCUUGGCAAUACCUUCUAGCAUAGAAAUAUACAUGCAGUGUAAUUCUAUAAACUUAUACCUCAUUUGACUUAACCAAAAUUGUCUUAGUCUCAAUUCCUACCACGUUGAGGGAGCCUCUCAAAUGACUUAUAAUCUACAGUAUUGCCCUAGAAGAGCUAGCCAGGGCAAGGCUGGCAUGAGGAGUGACCACUGCCUUCCAAAGUCUGUUUUCCUCAUAAAUCAGUAAAGAGUUGCUGAAUCCUCUAGCUUUAGCACACCUGGGCCAAAGGAGGGAAAGCCAACAAGACUGCACAGGUCAUCUACCCAUGACAAAGUAGACGUGAGUCUAUGAUAAAACGAACUAGAAUUCACAUGCAGUGCCUGAUUUCAGCAUUGACUCCCAUAAUUGGAGGGAAAUGGAUCAAAAUUUGAAUUAAGGCCCAUGGUGAGGGAACAUUGCUUUGUUGUACUUUUGAAUAAGAGCUUCUCCUGAUCACUAUUAUAUAUUUUUUUAGAAAGUCUAAAGUUGAGAAGAGAGUAUAUCAGUCCUGACUUUUAUUCCAAUAUUGGAUGGAAUAAGUUUUAGGGUAGAAUUUUGUUCAGUUUGGAUUUAAUCUUUUGAAAAAUAAAUUCCUUGUUUACUUGUUUGAUUACAAUUCUCUUUGUUAUCUUUAAGAGGUAAGACUGCAAGGUGACUAGCAUGUUCUGUGAAUCUGCCAUUCCUAAAAGUUUUAUAAACACUUGAUAUUUUUCACUGAUAAUUGAUCGCUGCAAUAAAUAUAUAUUGUGAAAAUGCAUCCACAAUAAAUGGAAUUCCUCCAAUGUCUGCCUUGCUUAUUUUUAUGCACUGUAUUGAUUACAAACAAGAGUUAUAUCUGUUUUAAUAAAGAUGGUGGCAUAGCAAAAUA